CAUUUUUUUUUCAGUAAUUGUUAUAUUUUCCAUCAUCUGCAUUCCUAAUUCUUUCAUGGAAAUCUUUCUCUCCUAGUGUUCUCAGAUUUGGUUUCUAAUUUUUCAGAGAUCUAUCAUUUUCUUGCGAAUUCCUUUAACCAAUUUCAAAUGUCGGUCCCAGUGUAUCAAAGUGAUCCGAACAAAGGUUCAGAUCCCCCAUUGACCAUUACAUCGAAUUGGACGAUCAAUGUUUCAGAUACAAGGACAGUGAAAGUCAGCAAUAUUUCAUUGGCUGUAUCAGAGCAGGACAUCAAACAUUUCUUCUCUUUCUCUGGUGAUAUUCAAUAUGUUGAGAUGCAAAGGGAAUCUGAAAGUUCUCAGCUUGCAUAUGUUACAUUCAAGGAUUCGCAGGGAGCAGACACAGCCGUUCUUCUAUCGGGAGCCACCAUCUAUGAUCUUCCUGCCUAUAUAACACCGGUUGAGAAUUACCAGCUGCCCCCUGAAGCUAUUCCAGAGAACAUGAAGCCUUCUAAUGCCAAUUCAGCUGUUAAGAAGGCCGAGGAUGUCGUGACCAGCAUGCUUGCUAUGGGCUUUGUACUGGGGAAGGAUGCCUUCAACAAGGCAAGGGCCUUUGAUGAACGGCAUCACUUGAUGUCGAAUGCCUCUGAUACUGUUGAGUCCCUUGACAGAAGGAUGGGCCUGAGGGAAAAGAUAAGCAUUGGGACUUCUAUGGUCAAUGAGAAGAUGAAGGAGAUGGACGAGCGGUUCCAGGUGUCUGAGAUGACAAGAUCAGCCAUUGGAUUGGCUGAGCAGAAGGCAAGCAGCGCAGGGUCAGCCCUGAUGAACUACCACUACAUCUCAACUGGUGCAUCAUGGGUGUCAAGUGCCUUAAGCAUGGUUGCCAAGGCAGCUGAGGAUUUGAGCCAGACUACCAAGGAGAAGGUUGACAAAGCUGAGGAAGAGAAGAAAGAGACUAUCUAUAGGUAUAGAACAGGGAUUGUUAAUGACUUUGCCUCUCUCCAUCUCAAUGAGCCUUCAACAGGGGAGCCCCCAAUGGUGCCAAUCGAUGCAGCCGAUGAAGGUAAGCUCGGCAUCAUAUGAUUGCUGAGUUCUAUAUUUUUAUAUUUUGAUUUUCAGUUUUUCCCACUUCUUGUAUAUUGUUUUCUUCUGUUGGAUUGAAUUUGAUAGAGUGCUUAGUU